AUGGGAGACGACACUCUUACGACGGCCGCCGCGAAGUUUAUCGCAGAAAAGCAAAAGGCGCAUCGGGAGGAAACUGCAAAGGCGGAGAUCCGAAAACUCGAAGAAAGCAAUGAACUCGUUCAUCUGAAAGAUCUUCUAACCGAGUACGAAAAGCAGAUCGGCCAGCACUCUGAUCAAGAAGAAGAAAUCCAGAAUCUCCGACGCUCAGUGUAUGAAGAGCUCCGUGUGGCACGGACACGAGAACACUACAUCAAACGUUUAGAGAAAGACCAUGAGGAAAUCCAGGAACAGCGACAAGACGCAGAGCGUCGAGAGGCGCAGCUCAAGGAAGAACUCGACUUUAUGGGUCACAGAAUCGUGACGCUAGAGAAGGAACUCGAUCGCAUGUUCGAGGCCAAGCUUAUCACCGAGAAUAUCACUUCCAAUCUCCUCCGCGAGGAGAUUGGAAAAUGGAAGCAGCUCAGGGACACCUUGCUGGACCUGCAACCAGAGAAGACCUUUUGGGAAACUGUUGAAAUGUUCGACCGAUUCAUGACGAUGACCUUGAAGCUGUCCCAGAAUGCAGACAAGGUCUUUCAAGAAGGGGUCGUGGGCACCGAAGCUCAGCGCGCUAAGCACGUCCGAUUCAAUGGUCAGUCGAUGGCGGCGAACUUUUACGAAACCCCAAUUCCAGACCAGCCCACUACAGUUUCCAACCUGGGACAGCCUAGUUCUCACUAUGAUCCAGAUCUCCACUACUCAAGGGCCACAGGGCCUUCGAAUACCGGCUACCAAACCGUAGCACAAUUUCUCGACGCAAGCCUGGAGCCCAGAGACCUCCAGUUUCACACACAUAUGGACAGACAAAUUCCCACUUCGUCAGAAAGUGAUUUCUGGCAACAGAUAGCCGACGAAACCUGGCAACGUGCGGUAACCCUGGCCGCGGGGCCUAUGGAGGGGGUAGAGACCAGUCCACCAUACACAAUCUACGACAGGACUUCAUCUUCUGGCCCCGACCCCGAGGAAUGGAAAUUCAAACUGCCUUUUACCAAGGACGACCAUGACUGCGAGGGCUGGCCGCUUGGGAAGCGCCUCAAGAGGGACCUACCUAUCUCCAAGCUUGACAUGAUGAACACGACCAAACCCCUGCUGAAUCUACUCCAGCUGCAGCCUUCAUCAAUGACUACCAAAAGUCCAUUCACACACCCCAAGCUGCAACUCCGACCGUCGGUUGUUCACAAAUACUUGAAACGGGACGAUGAGCAUGCUCUUCUCUUCAGGGGGACGAAGAUCCGGGGGCACUUCCCCGAGCGGGUUUCAAAAGUAGCAAGGGUCCGAUCUAGUCUUUCGGCUCGUUGCGUGCCUUCCUGGAACCGAGGAAUGUCGCUCUCACCAUUAUCCAACAUCAGCGAUGAGAAAUUGAUCGAGGAGAAAUUGAUUCAGAUUGCCAACGUGCGGAUGCCGGCCGAAUGGCCCAAGAGCCCAACACCUGAAGCUGAUGAUAGACACAUUCUCGUUAGGGACAGAGAUCGAAACGGUCGCCCGUUUCGGCGGCAGUGGCGUCAGAUCAGGAAAAGGCCGCAGGUCGUGCUGAUGCCGUUACUCGGGCUGGUGUUGAUACUCUGUGUUAUGCAUCUGACGCGAGAGUACCUUCUGUACCAACGCUUUAUCGCGUUCAACACCACGUCCGAUCGAAUGAUGCACCGUAUGCGACGCGCGCAGGCAGAGUUUCGGCCGCCCGUGGAUCGUUAUGUGCAGCGGGAGUGGAGGCGGUGGUUGGAUGUCGAUCGCGUGGCAUUGCAAUAG